UUCCUGGUCCCUUGCGAAUGCCCCGGAAGCUGCAAUUUGUUCACCGCUGCUGCCCGCCAGAGUUCAUUUGGUGCAGAUUUCGCCUUACAUGCUCCGGGGACAGGAGCGUUACGGAGCGUGAGAGAAAAUCCUUGCACCACCCCAAACAAAAACUUCUCUUUCGAGAGUGAGUGUCUGAGUGAGUCUGUGCGUAGAAUGAAACUCGGAUGGAAAGCGUAUCGCAGUCGUGCAGAGUGCUUGACGGUGUACGGUUGUGUCUGGGAAUACAUUCCGGAAGUCCCGGUGCUGUCACAAACUCCUUUCCCAAUAUAGGGCGCCGGGUUUUUUUGGGUGUACUCCUGGAUCCUGGAACUGUGGUUCGAAUUCGGACGCUGAAAUUUUUGGCUGCUGGCCUAUAAAAGGUGCUACCCACUCGUAUCACGCUGUUUGUGAUGAGUUUUGAUAAGUGGUUGGUGGUGGUUGGUUUUACGACCAGGAUAGGAUGAGAACAUGUCAAAUCGGAAUAAUAACAGGAAAGCACAUUGAUGAAUAGCAAAAUGUUGCACAUUAUCAUUGGAUUUAUCGUCAUCGUUCAACGAGCUGCUGGAGAUGAUUUAGGGCUUCUUUCCAGCACUCUGCGUGCGUUUCGAACGAUUUGCUGCGACGACGAGCUGCUGAAUCUGUCAUGCCCCAUCGGUACCAGCAUCUCUGUAGAGCUCGUCCAGUAUGGUGCCAAAGAAAGUAACGAAACGCUUCAAUGCGCGUACAGCGAAGUGGACAGUAGCUAUUACGUUCCCGAACCCACCUCACCCGCCCUUAGUACGAUUGACUUCUCGGUAGCUGUCCAAGUCAACGCAACUCCCAUUACGCCCACGGUAUCGACGGUUGGUACCGAGCUGGUCCUGAACGAUACGCUUGCCACGGUGGAACGACCGAAAGACAAAUGUACUCCGUUGUAUGUGCUCCAGUACUCGAUCCUGCAGACCGUCGUUGAAGCGUGCCAGAAGAAACGUCGCUGUCGGAUACAGGCCACACCGAAGAACUUCGCUACAGCCCCCUGCCCUGGUAUACAUCGUAUGGUGGAGGUCAAUCACAAAUGUCGCCCAUUCGAAUUCCGCAGCCUGAUAUCGUGCGAAAAGGACAUCGUAAGGUUGACGUGUGGUCAGUACACCCGUAUAGCGAUUUACAGUGCCACCUACGGUCGAACCGCGUACGAAAGUUCGCACUGUACACAGACGGCCGCCUCAAAAGAACAAACAUGCCUUUCGGAGCACACCAGUCUCACGUUGACAGAAAUCUGCCAAGGCCGGCGAAAGUGCACAGUUGCGGUAGAAAGUUCGACAUUUGGCAACCCUUGCCCGGAAAACAUCAGGGUCUACCUGAAAGUAAUCUACGCUUGUGUGUCGAGGAAUGUGUUCCGGGAACGGUACAUCACACCGCUCGAGGAUGACGAGCUGGACGAGCGUCCGUACGAGUCGAACGAGCUGUACGACGAGGAAUUGACACCGGCUCCGAACCAGAUAGAGGGUUCCGCUGUCGGCAAGGGUGCUGGUAGCAACCACAACAAGUACUCCGGUAGCGGCGAAUCAGCGGUCAAGGCGGAAAAUAUAGUCACGUUCAACAAAGACGCCGGCGACAGCUCGGAUGGUAGCAGUGGCCAGCCAUCACUGCUCGAUGAUGGACACCUGCUGAUCGUCGGUGUCGCGGUACUGUUCUUCUGCUUUGUCUGCGUUUCAUUCGGAGCGCUGCUAGCAUACAAGAUGAAGCUGUUCCGGCCGAGCAAUAAUCGGUGCAUCAAGGCAUCCGAGUCAAGCGACAGCCAUUCGACACCAUCCAGUUACCGGGCACCGAGCGAGGACUUCGAUCUGGUUGAAUGCAUGCCAGAUACGAAUGCGAUGACGGAAAAGGCAGCUGAGCAACCACCGCCACCGCAAACGUUUGUGCAACCGGUCACCGCAUCCGCACCAGUUACGGCCAUCCCUACCAGCACCAUGCUGCCGGCGUUCAAGUUCGCCGAGCCGCGUGGAAGCCUGUCGCAGAUAUCGACCACCAUGUUCAUCCUGCCGAACUACCUAAUGGCGGGCCCACUGCCCGGCACACUCUCCAACCGACGGCCCAAGGAUGCCGGUUCGCCGCUACCACCGGGUGACAAUCUCACCAUCACACUCGCAACCGACAUCCCGGGCAGCAGCAACACAACCGUGACGGGCCGGAUGGAGUCGUCGCCCAGCCCGGCAUACUAUUCGCAACAUCUGCAGCCCCAUCAGCAGCAUCACGUGCCGUACGGUGUGAGCGCCUCCUGCGGCCAAUGUACGGCGCUCGGGUGGCAACCGGCAGCCGGUGGUGUUGGCGGUGGCCCGAUCUAUGGUGGAAAACUGCUGGCAGUGGAAAAUGCUGCCACGAACAAAACGUCACACCCGUAUCAUCGCAAUCAAUCAUUAAAACCGUCUGCCGGUGAGCCGGAAGGCUGCACGGACGUGGGUGGACCGGGCGAGAGCGGUGGCACAUCGGGUGGGAUGGUGGGAUCGGGGGCCACCCUAACACAGUCGCAUCCUUUUUUAUGGCUGGGCUUGAAAAUCGGGCUGAUGUAAAGCUGUAGGGUAAAGCUGUCAAGAUCGACCUGUGCGAUAGUUUAUCGUGCAGCGUUUUAAACCUUAUUUGGUGGGCUUUCAAAAUGUGGCCUGUCCUAUCCUGUAUUGCUUAUGUUUCGUCAUUUUCUCCCAUUUCCCCUACCUCCAGGUACAUCCUUACCUUUCGCCCCGUUCCGUCUCAAACAUAGAUACUUUACAAAACAUUCGGCUUACAGACGCGUGAGCUCCCGUUUUUUUUGUGCGCCUGUCCUCUUUUAAACAAACGCCCGCUUGACAGCUUUACCCGAGCAAACCCCGUAACAACUUUAUCGGCGAUUUGUCGCCGAUGAAACGUAACGAAGCCGAAUCUUGGCAUCGGCCGAAACCAUCCCCUAGACAUUGCGAUGGUAGACAGAAAGAAAACACAAACAAACAAAACAGAAACAGUAACGUAACACUAGAGACAUAGUAACAAAUUGUGAAUUUUACCGAGACUUGUACAAAAAUCGCUCCAAAUGCUCCUCCUGCCCUAGGAUGUGUUGAGGGUAAAGGGGGUUCGGUAUGUUGUGUUUUUAGAACUGUGAAAAGCGUUGUGAAGCUUAACCAAGCUAAAGGUAAACUGCGUACCGAACGAAACGUUCGAACGAAGUGACACCCAGAAAACAAGUUGCAUGCCUGUUCAGUUAUCGGCAUGUGAUAAUCAGCGCAUAAUCCGCUAUGUUCUAUUAUAUAGAACAAUCAGAAUGCUGUGUCUGUAAAUUUCAAAUUGUUAUUCGUUUGGCUUUUGUUUUUUCAAAAGUAUCUUUGUAACUAGUAAAAAUACAUUUUUUUACAAAUUUUGUUUUGUAAAAAGUUCUUUACGGUAUGAUACAGGGUUUUCGAACUCAAGUGCUACAGGGUUACCGAUUUUGUCUGGCAUCGUCGGAGCCUUUUCUAGUUUCUGUUUAAAUAGAGCUAGACUGGGUUGAGACACAUCUGGAAUCCAUAUGAACCAUCUUAAUCCAGCUAAAGCAAACGACUUAUUCAAUUUAAGCUUUGCAAAUUUACAGAUGAAACGACGCCAAUAAAGUGAUGAUGAGCGACACUCUUGUAUCAAUCUUUUUGAGCUGGGUCUAGAGGUAGCGAAUGAUUCCACUUCAGGCUUAGUUUAGUUUGAUUUGAACAGAAAACAGAAAAAGGUAUGCAUACGCCAGAAGAAAUGAAAAUCGCUGUAACUUUAAAAUCAUCUCUAGAUUUUGUUCAGAUCCAAAUAUUGGAAAAAAAGAGAUCCAAAUAUUGGAACACAUGUAAACUGUAAAUGAUGAAAUCGGCUUCAGCUUGUGACUUCCAGACUAUAUGAAAGAUUGUAGAUUUACUUAAACAAAUGGUCGUUUGACUUGCACAAAAUCCAAAAAUAGUUCUAAAUUUGACGGUCAAAGUUUGAAAACCCUGCAACGCAUUAACAUCAGCGACAAAUAUCAACGUACGUUCGUUAACUGAUUGUUUGAAAUUUGUUUUUAGUCCAAUCCAUGGUGAAAACGUAAAUGUAAAGUAAACUUGAGCACAGAUAAUGUAAAUAUACAAUUUAAAUCACUGUUCAACUAA